AUGAAUCACGCUUCUGAUUUACGACAAGGCUCGAAGCGGACUCCACUAAAAGAGUCUUCAAAAUCCGCGCUCAACUCAAAUGCAGCACCUAAAAAGUCGCUUUUAGAUCAAAAAUUAGACCUCACAAAUCCUGCUCUAAAUGAAUCCAUGAAAAGCCUUGCGGCGCCGCCGGUACCGGCCAAAAAGCAGUCCAAUCGAAUGACGGGCGCUGAAUUAAAAGACUGGCAACAAAGUUGGCGAAAGAUAUUGAAAGCAAGUGUCGUCUAUUUUGAAAACGACGAGGGUAGGAACGAGAAGGAGAAGGAACGAGCUAAACUAGCACUACAAUCUUUGGGUGCCACUAUCGAAAGAUUCUUCAGCGAGAAUGUCACAAUCAUUGUCUCAAGACGACCAUACCACAAACAUGCAGAUUACCCAAUGGGAGAUAUAUUUCGCAUUGCAAAGAGGAAUGAAUUGAAGGUCUGGACCUACGAGAAGGUGUUCCGUUUCAUGAAUCACCUUGGUGAACCUAUUCCGGAAGACGAGUCCUCUCUCAAAAAGAAACUGUCAUCUCUUUUGAAGAACGAAAAGCUUUUUGGCCCUAACGACCGCGACCCCAAUGCCAAAAGAGAUGAUAUCAAGUACUUUACAGGGUACUACUUUUAUGUUUAUGAUUUACGACAACAAACAAGGCCGAUUGUCAUAAAAGAAUGGCCUACAAAUGCUGCCGACUUUCCAAAACUUACAAAGUCAACCAACGGUAGGUCUUUAUUCAUUGAAGACACUCAUACUGGCAACUCCGAGAAACGGCACAGGCGGCGCAUGCAAUAUCUCGAAGAAACAAAGGAUUACCGUCAGAAGAUCAUUGAAGCAUCCGGUCUUCCAAACGAGCCUGCAUUGAGUUACGAAGAGCGACUGCAAUACAAACGGAUGUGGGAAGAAUCUUACUAUGGCGCACCAAUAAUAGAGCCAGAGCAGAAAAAGAGAAAGGUCCUUGAAGAACUUAACGAGAACUCAGAGAUCCCAGAGGUGAAUAAGAAGCCUAUGGCUCCUCCAGCAAAUCUCUAUCGCGACGAUUCGACGAUUGAAGUUUCGCAGAACAAGGUCGGAAACGAGUACGGUGAGAUUGAGGCCUCAGGUGUUGUUCAAACUCAGUCAGGAUCGAAUGCAAUAUCUGGUCAGGGCUAUGUUAAUGGAGUGGGCAACGGCUUGGGCCCUUCGCAUUCCUUAGUUUUCAACAAGAAGAUUGCGAAUGAGAAGAAGAAAAUGAUGACUUUUGCUCCAUUACCUGCCUCUCAGAGGAAGGAAUCGCCACUAAAGGUAUUCAAAGUCAGAAAGGAAGACAGAGUCAUUCGGGUCAUCAAUGUCAAAAAAGACUCAAAGUUUAUUAGUUCAGAGGAUGCUAGACGUUUAUCAUCGCAAGCGAAAGACUCUAAUGGUCCAGUGCAGACUCCUGAUUUGAACACACACAAGGAAGAAUCUAAGACUCCAGAUCAGUCAUUGGACGUUUCUUUUGGCCCAGCUUUGAAACAGGAAGAGGAGUGCAAACUUGGACCACCACAUAACAAGAUCAUCGAGACCCCAGUUGAUAAAGUGAAACUGAAAGAUGAGAAGAAUGAUCUGAUGUCGCCCAUUAAUAACCAGUUGUUCCGACAAUCGCUGCAACCAAAGCAGAAGAAAGUCAAAGAAAUCACCAAUUUACCUCCAGUGCGCAAAUCUAAAACGGAAGCAAAGCCAGGUUAUUGUGAGAACUGUCGAGUCAAGUACGACGACUUUGACGAGCAUAUUCUCAUGGAUAAGCAUAGGCAUUUUGCUACAAACGAUGAUAACUUCAAGGAUAUCGAUAGGUUAAUUGAAGACGUCAGGAUUACACGUUUGAUGGGAUUAUAA